AUGCCAAUGAAUGAUGGUGCGGUAUCGAUUAUUAUAGCACUUAUAAGAUCUCGAGUAUCUCUGUUUUUAGAAAUGAGAGAUCUUUAUUCUAUUGUCAACGUUCUGGCUCUUUCAACACUUGGUACAGUCACUGCAUCAGGUUUCUACAGUGCUGCCGGUUCAGCAAGUGUGCAAGGUGAUUAUGUUACUGACCGUGCUCAAGGCGGAGGCUUCAACGCCGGUGGAAUUGCUCCUCAGUGGAUUGAAAUCGACCUUCCGAGCGCAUACAGUAUAUAUAGUGUGUGCUUGAGUGUUGGCCAAAAUCCUAAUGGCGCUACACUGCACGAAAUCUAUAUGGGUACUUCGUCAACCACUUUAUCACUAGUUACUACCUGGAAUAGCUACACAUCAUCCGGUGAAUGGCUCAAAACUACAUAUAAUCCAAUGGUAACCGGGAUAACUGCUAUUCGCGUCAGCACUGUCUCCAGUCCAUCGUGGGUGGCCUGGAAUAAGUUUCUCAUUUAUGGAGUCUGA